ACUUUACCUUGUGUGAAUUAUCUAUAUUUGUGUUACAAAAUAUUGAAAAUAUCAAACAUAUCUAAUACUUAGUUUGUGUGAAAGAAUUUUUAUACUAAAUGUAUUACAAUGAAUUAAUUUACCGUACGUGCCUUUUUUGUUACCGAAUUAGCUACCACUUUAAUACUUCAUGAGCAAUUUUGCACCACGAACCUUUUGCUUUUCAUCAUGACAAAACGCCGAAGAAUAGUUCAAGCUGACAAAAUAAUACAGAAUGUUGUACAUGUAUUUACUUUACUAAUGUUCUUACAAUUAAAAGGCUUUUAUUCUACAUCGACCAAUCCUGUAUUACUAUAUUCAACUGCUGCUGAUAUAAGAGUUGGGAAUCUUUCUCGGCUUAUUAAAGCUAAUCCAAUAAUAAAAGACUUAGAACAAGGAUCAGCUGUUGAUUUUUUACAUAAAAAGAAUCUUGUGUGCUGGUCGGACCAAAAUGCGGAAUUGAUACAAUGUAUGGAAUAUAAUGAUACUUUUACUGGAGAAAAGGUGAAAAUAGUAUCAGAGGGAUUAAUUACUCCCACAAAUAUUGCAAUAGAUUGGUAUACAAAUAAAAUAUAUUGGACAGAUGGAGAGACAAAUAGAAUUGAAGUGAUUAGUAUUGAUGACAAAUACAGAAAAGUGCUUUUCUGGUCUGAAGUUGACUUGGCUAUUGCAAUAGCUGUUGUUCCUAAGUCAGGAUUGAUGUUUUGGACUGAUUGGGGUGAGGUACCUAAAAUAGAACGAGCAGGAAUGAAUGGUGAUCCUGCAACCCGUAAAGUAAUUGUAAAGGAAGAUAUUUUCUGGCCUAAUGGUAUCACUGUGGAUUACAACAACAAUCUAAUUUACUGGGUCGACUCCAAAUUGCUAUUUGUUGAUGUUAUUGAUUUUGAUGGCAAUAAAAGGAAGAAAAUUAUCAAGUCAGGCUUAAAUUAUCCUUAUGCACUGACAUUGUUUAACGAAAAGCUUUAUUGGACAGAUUGGAAGACAUGGGCUAUUUAUACAUGGGAUAUAAGUACUACCGGUCCAAUCAAAGAGCUGGUUAAACUAGACUCAGUGCCUGUGGAUAUUAAAGCAUAUGACGAGGGAAGACAAAUUAUACCCACUGAAGAUUAUCCAUGCAAAAUUAAUAAUCAAGGAUGUUCACAUUUGUGCCUUCUAGCUCCUACUCCGCCUGGCUAUGUCUGUUCCUGCCCAACUGGUGUUAAGUUGAAAGAGGGCAGUAAUACUACAUGUAACAAAGGCCCACAAUCAAUGUUGAUUGUUGCUCAGCGAUCUAUAAUUUCAAAAAUAUCACUUGACUCUCCCGACUUCACACCUUACACAAUGCCAUUAAAGGACCUCAAAAGAGUGGUCACAGUUGACUUUGAUCCAAAAACAGAAUAUAUUUACUGGGCUGACAGUGUGUCAAAAACUCGGUCAACAAUAUCGCGUUGCCGCUUAGAUGGCAGCGAACAGUCAGUUGUCAUUCACAGCAAUGGUGUACCUGAUAGUAUAGCAAUAGAUCCGUUAGCUAGGAAUAUUUAUUGGACUGAUGCCGUCUCUGAUACCAUAACUGUGGCCCGAUUAGAUGGCAGUGCUAAGAAGGUGAUAAUCUAUGAUGAGCUGUACAAUCCUCGUGCUAUAGCGUUACAUCCAACAGCAGGGUGGAUGUUCUGGUCUGAUUGGAAUGAGAAGAGGCCGAAAAUUGAAAGGGCGAAUCUGGACGGUGGUGAGAGGAUGCUGCUAGUGGGUGAAAGAGUCACAUGGCCGAACGGAAUCGCGUUGGACACACAACACAAUAAGCUGUAUUGGGGAGAUGCCAGGACACAUAAAAUUGAGGUAAUUAAUAUGGAUGGAACCGACCGCCGUGAACUGCAUAGUAGUGAAAUUCCGCAUAUAUUCGGUUUGACCUUGUUGGGACAACAUCUCUAUUGGACAGAUAUUCAGCGGCGCACUAUGGACCGCAUUAAUAAAGAUACAGGCCUAGAACGACAAACAGUGGUCGAGCAAAUGGCGAAUAUGAUGGGCGUUAAAGCGUUCACGGUUAACGAGUCGCUGGGUUGGAAUGCGUGUGCGCAAAACAACGGAGGGUGUUCGCAUUUUUGCUUUAAUAGGCCGCAAGAUUAUGUGUGUAGUUGUCCUAUGGGUUUAGAGUUGGGCAACGAUAAGAAAAACUGCAUAGAGCCCGAAGCAUUCUUGGUCUACAGUCGGAAAAAUAUUAUAGGACGAAUUAGUAUUGAGAACGAUAACAACGAUGUUGUACAACCAAUCAAGGAUUUGAAGGAAGUUAGUGCAUUAGCAGUUCACGAGUCAGGGUUCAAGUUAUACUGGUCAGACAGCAGGAUGAAGACAAUUAACCGUUGCUCAAUAAAUGGCUUUAAUAUGGAGAAGAUACUUGAAUGGAUGGGUUUGGUUGAAGGUUUAGCAAUAGACUGGUCUGGUCAGAAUAUAUAUUGGACGGACACGGCGGCUCAAAGAAUUGAAGUGGCAAGACUGGAUGGAUCCAGCAGAAGGACGCUCAUCUGGCAAGGGCUUAAAAAACCUAAAAGCAUUGUACUGGAUCCAAGAAAAGGUUACAUGUACUGGUCAGAACUCGGUUCAAAGACAAUAAAACGCGCUGCAAUGGACGGAUCAGCUGUCAGCGUUCUCAUCGAGGGCGUUGGACGCGUACACGCUCUAGCCGUGGACUACGAAAGACGCGCCAUCUAUUGGGCGGCUUUGGACCCACCGACCAUAGAGUAUGCGUACCUAAACGGUACCGGAAGAAAAGUACUGGCUGAUAAUAUACCUAUGCCCUAUGCGCUUGCGUUGUAUGGUGAUAAAGUUUAUUGGGGUGAUUGGAAUACAGGAAUAAUCGAAUCAGCGAUAAAGACUGAUGGUUCCGAAAGAAAGACGAUUCACACUCAACUGGACUACAUAUCAGAUUUGCGGAUUUAUCAUCGUGCGAAAGAUAGUUUGCCGAACCAAUGCGGGGUGGACAAUGGCGGAUGUUCACACCUUUGCUUGCCGCUGCCCUCUAACGACUUCCGGUGUGCAUGUCCAGCGCAUUUCCGGCUCAAUAGAGACAAUAUUACAUGUUCGGAACCAGAAGAGUUUCUUCUAUUCGCCCAGAAGAAUGCAGUUGGUCGAAUUUUAAUUGCGAAUGGUGAAUGUAAUGACGCCUUCAUACCCCUUACUGGAUUGAAAAGUGUGAAGGGGGUGGAAUAUGACCCCGUUGAGAGAUACCUAUAUUGGAUGGAUGACGAAAGCCAUUCCAUACGGCGGGUACCCAUCACAUACUCGACCACGUCAGCGGUCACUGACGCGACAGUUGUAAUCACGGGUCUGUCUAGGCCAUUCCACAUGGUCCUAGAUGUCCUGGGUAGAGCGUUAUAUUGGACCUGCCUAGACACGAACUCUAUAAACGCAACGUCCAUAGAAAAUAAUUCAUCCACGGGUGUAGUGGUACGCGGAGAGAAAAUGAUGCCCAGACAUUUGGCUUUUCAUCAGAACAAAAGGAUACUUAUUUGGAGUGACGCGGGUUUGGGUGCGAUUAUACGCUCGAGCGUAGACGGUACGUCCCAAAUUGAGCUCGCUCGCGUAACCAACGUCACCGCUUUAGCCCUGGACGAAACAACGGGCACCGUGUAUUGGGCUGUUGCUAGACAAAUACACGCCGUGGAUCUCGAUACUUCUAACAGACGUAUAGUAUGGCAAGGUGGCUGGGUAGGGUCUCUAGCGGCGUACAGUGGGUCGCUGUACUUGGGAGGAGGCGAACGACCCUUAAUGCGAGUUCCCUUACAUCGGCGGGACGCGCCAGCUUCGCCUGUACAGCAUAUUUCUAAGAUGCUGGCUUCGAAGACUGUUCACAGGGUCGUUCGUGACCACCCCUGUUUCGGUGGUGGGUCUUGCGGUUCCGCCCCUGGGUCGUGUGGCGCUGGUGGCGUUUGUGGGUGUGGCCUUCAUUGCGCUCAUCCGCCGAAGGCAUCCUGCGCCAAGGGACACUUUUUAUGCGGCCAGGGUGAUAUCACCGAAGAUACAAACGCACCGUGUAUUCCUAUGUUCUGGAAAUGCGACGGUCAACCGGAUUGCCCGGAUGGCUCGGACGAGCGUUCGUGUGACGCGUGCGCAGGUGGCGUUAGAUGCGCGGACGGGUCUUGCGGGCCAUCGCUGGGGGCCUGCCCCACGGGUGCCUUCUGUCAAGCCAUGCCGCUGCCCGAUGCUUUCCGAUGUGACGAUCGUCUAUGCCUGUCUUCGAGUCUGCUCUGCGAUGGGCAUGCGCAUUGUGAGGACGGAUCAGAUGAAGCACCAUCUGCGUGUGGAUAUGCACAAAAGGAUACUGUGAUAAGCGCAUCAGGCCGUCAACGGCACUCCGUAGUCGUAUGGUGUGCGGUGGGCGGGGCCUGUGCAGCGCUCGUGAUUGCGGCGGCCGCAGUGCGACGUUGCCGGUCCGCGCCACCGCGACGCUUACCCGUGCCUGUCACACCGCUGGUGUACACGAAACCACCAGACUAUGGAAGGAAUAGGGUGUCGUUGCCAUCUUCUGAUAAUAUGGACAGCGGGACCGGUUCAGCAUCAGCGUCGGACAGCCUCUGUGGACGGUACCCGCGUCCCACCGCCAACCCACCUCCCAGUCCGGCCACGGCCAGUGGAAGGCGGAGGCCCUACCGCCAUUAUCGGGCUUCCAACCGCCCCCCGCCUCCGACCCCCGCCUCCACUGACGCCUGUGAGUCCGAACCGGAACCCGCCGCUAGGGCCCCACCACCUUCGCCUGCACCACUGCUCUACUGAUAUGGAAGGUUCAUGGUCUAAUAGAGUUGGUUAAAAGGAUGAUUAUGUCAUGUGAAUUAAGACCGUAUUGCAUUGUGUUAGGGUUGAAUUUAACAUUCAUUAUACAGCAAUCCCCCCCUAUAACGCGGUAGACCCGGACUGCGUUAUACGAAAUCGCGUUGUAGGAGUAUUCUCGGAAAACCUUUUUUUAACCAUGCAAAACCACACGAAUUUAAUAAAGUUUUUUAGUUGAAUUUUAUAACAACACAAUUGAAACAGGUUAAAAAAUGGUUACUACAGAGAUAUAACUUGAGAAAUCUACGCGUUAUAGGGGAAAUUACCGCGUUUUGUGGGGGACGGAAAUCGCGUUAUAGGGGUACUAAAACUGUAUUGUAUCGAAAAAGCCACGAACAAUUUUAGAUAGUUAAACACAAUCCGUUUUCUAAACGAAUCGUUGAACACCAUAAAAAUAAAUAUAGAAACUAGAAUACGGUGAAAAUAGUAUUGAAACUAUAGACAGCUACUGUGACAGCUUAUAUAUAAGGAUAUAAAUGUCUAAAUACUCAACAGUCAAAACAUUUAUUUCUGACCUUUGGAUAUUUGGACUUUUUUAAAGUAAGCAAAAAUGUUAGAUAGAAGAAUCUAGAAAUAAUUUUAAUUAAAAUAAUGAAAACGUGAAUUCCGUAGUUAAGUUGAACUCGGGGGCCCUAUCGUGCGCUUAAUGCAUGCUUAAUUGUGGCUUGACAAUUCAUUCAUGCUGCUAUUGGUACAGAUAUAAUAAUAUUAUAAAUUAAAUAAUAGACUAGAGUCAAAGGACUGUGGCCCGAAUUUCAUUCACUUGACAUUGACUUGCUUUCGUUACUACGAAGUAGCAGUGUAGUGUUCUGUGGUAAUAAUGUCAAGUGUCGCGUUGACAUCACUAUAGGCCCCUGAUUUUAUAUUGUAUUGUGACAACCAUAGACAUACAGAUGUGACAGACAAUUAACUACCAUAGAGAAAAUAUCGAACACCUUUCAUAUACUUUGAGGUUUUAUAACAACUCAUUCGCUUUCCCUUUCAAAAGGUUUUGCCUCAGAAUAGUUUUGACAUUGUCGAUUGUGUGUCACAUCUAUAUGUUUACGGUGUUUAUAAAAAAAUCUAACAAACUUUACACUCUAUCAAAUUUAAGCAAAGCAAGGUUGUAUCCCAUUACAGAUUAAGAAGUAUGAUUCUAAAUAUUCUAUGGUGCUCUAUAAUGUUUGUGCCUCAUUAGGUUAAUAUGUAAAUAUGUGUAAAUAUUUAGAUAAACAAUUAAGAGCUUCCUAUAUAUAUUAGGUUGCCGUUUUCAAUUGGAAAGUAUUAUUUUACGUUGGGUUUCACUAGGCCAAAUUAAAGUAUAUUAUUGAAUAAAAAAUUGAAUCAAUAAAGUAAUGUUUAUUAUCGAGAUUUAUUAGAUUUUGUAUUAACAUUGAUUUGUUCCUAGUCAGAAGCCUGUAAUAGUUAUUUGCACAUAAUUAUGAUUGACGCACCCUGUACAUACAGAAGUUCAUUGACAGUUUCGUAAAUAUUGUUACAAUUUUGUGUCUGUAUGCCGAAAUAUUUUGAUUAUAUCAUAGUGGAAUAUCCUUGCAAAAUCACCUGUGACCUUUUGGAAUUUGUAUGAUUAUAUUUUAUACAACAAAAAAUUAUGGUUAUUGUAUUAUUUUUUCUUAUAUAUAUUUGAUAAGAGCAUAAAUACAGCCCUCGUUUAUAUUAUAGAUAAAAUAUUUCGGUAUGGUUACCCAAAUGAUACACUUGCAUAUUUGUGUAUCUAAAUAAUCUAAAUAAAAAUAUUAUAUAAAUGAAGGAAUUGGAAAGUCAAUUAUAAUGUAGAUAUUUAUUACGUA